ACAGCAGGCACAGAGGCGCUCUCUUAUUUUCUGAUGACGGACUAGUGGGAGAAGAGACGCCUGUUCAUUCGGCAUUGCUUGCUACAGCUCUACGCAAAAGAUACAUGUGGAUUUUUUCCAGGUUCGAAUGAAGCUUAGCCUAUAGGCCUAUACAUUUGUGUCAAACAUUUAAGGAGAUCUGAAAACUUGUCGUUUUCCUUUGAUGUUCUGCAGUCUUUUACGCACGCAGUUUCCUACGCAAGUAUCCUAGCGUAGACUAGUUGCAUUAAUACAGGCCAACUAUAUUCAUUCAGAUUUUCUUGGAGUAAAUCAACAAUAUAGGCUACACGGACAAGUAUGUGGGGAAUAACGAGGACAAGAUAUGCUGAUUGCAAUGGCUCGGAGGCCAGUGAGGAGACCGGGAUUGUCCUGAACAUCGGUGGAGUAAUACAGGUGUUGUGUGGGGAUGUGCUGAACCGUUUUCCGGAGACCCGACUAGCGGAACUGUGGAACACCUCCAAGGGGUGUUUGGAGGACUUAUCCUCACUUUGUGACGACUAUGACUCAGGGAAAGGUGAAUUUUAUUUUGACAGAGACCCGGACGCGUUUAAGUGUAUAAUUGAGCUGUAUUACUACGGGGAGAUACAUAUUAAACGGGGCAUCUGUCCAAUUUGUUUCGUAAAGGAGAUGGAGUUCUGGAAAAUUGACUUAUAUUUCCUGGACGAUUGCUGUAAAGGCGACCUACAGGAGGCGGAGGACGAGCUUGCAGAGAUUGCCGAGAAGGUUCAAACUAUUCUGGUCGACCGGGAAGGGGACCCCUCUGCCAGGGGUUGGCAAUGUUUCCAAAUGUGCUUGUGGAAGCUUUUGGAGAAGCCGGAGUCGUCGCUGUCCGCGCGCGUCAUCGCCAUAGUGUCUUUCCUCUUCAUCCUCAUCUCCUCGGUGGUGAUGUGCGUAGGCACCAUCCCUGACCUGCAGGUGGAGGACGCUGAGGGCAAUCACAUGGAACACCCGAUCUUGGAGGCCAUCGAGACCACGUGUAUCGGCUGGUUCACCGUUGAAUACGUUCUGCGCUUGAUAUCGUCCCCGAAUAAAGUGAAAUUCGUCCUGUCCUUCAUGAACAUCAUAGAUUUCAUGGCCAUCAUGCCCUUUUACGUGGUGCUGACUUUGACGUCUCUGGGCACGGCUAUGAUGGAGCUGGCUAACGUGCAGCAGGCGGUGCAGGCGCUGCGCAUCAUGCGCAUUGCGCGCAUCUUCAAGCUGGCGCGCCACUCCUCUGGGCUGCAGACUCUCACCUCGGCCCUGAAAAGCAGCUUCAGCGAGCUGGGGAUGCUGCUCAUGUACAUGGGCGUGGGCGUCUUCUUGUUCUCGGCACUGGCCUACACUUUGGAGCAGAGCCACCCGGAGACCAUGUUCACCAGCAUCCCGCAGUCCUUUUGGUGGGCCGUCAUCACCAUGACCACCGUGGGCUAUGGAGACAUCUACCCCAAGACCACGCUGGGUCGGUGCAACGCGGCCGUCAGCUUCCUCUGCGGGGUGAUUGCCAUCGCGCUGCCCAUACACCCUAUCAUCAACAACUUCGUCAUAUUCUACAAUAAGCAGCAGGUGCUGGAGACCGCGGCCAAACACGAGAUCGAACUGAUGGCGCUGCGUUCCAGCGAGGCAUGUGCAGAGGAGAGCGGGCCCCACAUACAGCGCAGAUCAGUCGGUGUCGCGGCCGGAGUGUGGGACAAUGCCAUGCGCUCCUGUCACAGUGACACCUACAUUCCCCUGCUGCAAGACCCCAGAGCAGGAGUACAAACCCCAAGCUUGGACAGAAGCUUUGACAGUUCAUAGCUGAGUCAAAUCACCCCUCUUCACAGCGCACAGCUUUAAUGGACCUACAGUAUAUGCCCCAAAAACAUCCAUUGCGAGAUCACAAAUUAUAAUAAAAUCACGAUAAAGAACUUGGUGACCCAUUGUAAAAUGUCUCAAAAUAUAAGUUCAUUAGUGUAAUAAUGUCACUUUUCCAAAAUACAUGAACACAUAAUUUGAAAAAAUAUAGAAAGAAAAGACAAUACAAGUAUAUGGGUGAUGCAAUAGUGUAAAUAAUAGAGUAGGAACUUGUGGUUAUUGUAAAUGUAGACCAAAGUGGUUGGUUCAUGUUUACGCUGGAACAUUGGUGUAGGCCAGGAGUCACCAACCAGGAGUCACCAACCAGGAGUCUCCAACCAGGAGCCACCAACCAAGAGUCUCCAACCAGGAGUCACCAACCAGGAGUCACCAACCAGGAGUCACCAACCAGGAGGCACCAACCAGGAGUCUCCAACCAGGAAUCUCCAACCAGGAGUCUCCAACCAGGAGUCACCAACCAGGAGUCUCCAACCAGGAGUCACCAACCCGGAGUCUCCAACCAUGAGCCACCAACCAAGUGUCUCCAACCAGGAGUCACCAACCAGGAGUCACCAACCAGGAGUCUCCAACCAGAAGUCACCAACCAGGAGUCACCAACCAGGAGUCACCAACCAGGAGUCUCCAACCAGAAAUCACCAACCAGGAGUCACCAACCAAGAGUCUCCAACCAGGAGUCACCAACCCGGAGUCACCAACCAGGAGUCUCCAACCUUUUCUAGCAUGAGAGCUACUUUUAAAAAAUGAAACAUGUGGCUAGUUAAAAAAAAAAAUCUAGCUUUCAAAUAGGCACAUUCUUCUCUUCUCCUCUCCCAUGCAUCUCUUCCUCGGGUCCUUGAAGAGAAAGUAUUUCACUGUUUUCACUCUCAGUAUACCUGGUAAAAUAUGUGUAAUAAACAACUCUAAGGGGAGCCCUAUAAAAUCUGUGAUUUCUUCCCCAAAUUGUUUUAUAUUUUCCUGAAUUAUAUAUUCUCAGUUAGAUUUUUCCUGGUUUUAGAUAUUAUUAUUUUUUGUUCACUCUCAAAAUUACAAUUGUUCAUGGAGAAACAGCCCAUGUCAAUGCUUAAAUCACAUCAAAAUAUUGUAUUUUUUACGCCUGGAAGAAAACGAACACAUUUCGAUUUUUGAGUGCAUUUCCUCUUUAAUUGCACAUCUGGCCCUUUAAUUGCUCAUCUGCAAGUGAGGAAUGUGCUGUCUAAUGUGCUGGUCUAGUGAUGGUUCUGUACCUCUACUGCUCAUUUCAUGGCAAAUUUAGAAAAUAACAAAUAAUAGAUACAAAUUAUAUACCUUUAAUUUGCAGUUAACAUUUAAUUGAGAAGGUUUUGAGGAAAGUAUUUCUGUCAACCCACAAGUGGGAUAAUGUCAAUGUUGCUUUGAUUGCGUAGUAGCUGGGAGCUUACGGUGUCUGAUAAUUGUGAGAUUUAUUUAUGACAGUUUGUGGUGGAACACUUCAAAAUUGCAUGUACUUUCAGAAUUGUUUGUUGAGCUACUCAUAGGUGGGCUGCGAGCUAUUGGUAGCUCACGAUCAACCUGUUGGAUACCCCUGGUGUAGGCCUAUAGCCGAGGCUACUUGACAGUCAUCUCAUCUGUGAUUGUGUAAGGUCUAAGUGCUGCAAGAACAGUACUCUGUCACUCCUCCUCUUUAUAACCUUGGACUGCCAGUCAAAUGGACCUAAUCACCGGUGUAUUGAUAAGCGGGUAGACGUGGUGCUGAACAGCGCCAUGCGCGGUGCAGUCCACUGCAUAUGCAUAAAGUUAUACAAUGUGUCUAAUUUUCCUCUGUAAAAAAAGUAUAUUAAAAGUGAAUUAACUAUGAAUGUCUAUUCUCUAUUGCAUUUUUUUCUAUAGGCACUAGAUGCUCCUAUAUCUACAGAUAUACAUGUAUAUAUCCCACUGGGCACAGACGUCAGUUCACCAUCUAGUUUUGAUUUACAUUUGGUUGACAUUUAAUUGAACUCAUCACAUUACAUUUUUUGGGGAUGAAAUGACUUGGAAACAAUGUUGAUUCAACACAUUUUUGCUCAGUGGGAUGUUAUCAUGUGUAGCCUAAUAAAAUGAGAUACAGUAUCAACAGACUUGUCAGCUGUGACUCUGUACUCAACUAAAGUCAUCAUGCCUCAAAGAAAAGAGCAUGCAGGAUAUCCUACCAUUUCAUCUGCAUUGGUUUGCAAGCAGGCUUUGGUACAACUUUACCCAUUCAGUUUAAGUUUGUUUUGUUCAUUAAAUCUUCUCAAGUUCAGUUUUCCUGUAAAUUCUUCAUUAAUUUCAGCCUGAGAUACAUACAGUAUGUGUCUAUUUAAAGUGGGGUGAAGUUAACCUUCCAAUGUCAGAUAGAGAACAUUCCUUGGCUCUAGGACAUUUCAGUAAUGGGUUUAAAUUUUGCAGCAGCCCCCGAAGCCUCCCCUGAGGGUGUAGGGCAUAUGUGGCAUCAGGGGUGCAACUUUCA